AUGUCAGAUCUAAAGAAACGUGAUUAUCCAUCAUUGCGACGAAAAGGUGCUUCUGUUGGAGGAGGUGGAAGUUUCAAACCAAUCAAUACUUUGGCAAAUUCCAACCGUGUCAUUGCAGUACCAGAAUCUGAUCUAUCGCAGAAAACUCCAUUGGAAAUCAGCAGGACCAGGCUAAUAGAGAAUACCUCGCCACUUGGUGACCCAAAUAGAUCUAUAGAGCGUGCACAAGUAUGUCGUGAAAGAUUAAGUGGGUUAAACUCACGACCGAGUCUUGCAAAACAUGGCUCAUCAAAAGUGGAUAGCUCUACAAUAGUGGACUGCAUGGGGUCAUCAAUUGAUCUAGAAUUGCAAGGAUUGAAUACCCCUCCCACGACAUCAGUAGACUUGAAAUCUGUUCGAGUAGGAAAUAGAGAUUAUAUUAGAUAUAAUGGCCGUGCCAGUCUUUCACUUGGAAUCACAGAGAAUGGGAAGUUUCUUUGUAUAUAUCUGGAAGAUAUUCCCAAAUCAGGUUAUAUUAUAAAUAUUGACACCCAGUUAAAGUCAUUAUCCUUUGCCCUGAGUUCGAUUAUUAUAGAGAUUAAGGACUUGAAAGAAACCAUUGUUGCUGCACACCACGGUAUUGAUGAAGACAUUCGAAAAUAUUUUCAGAUCCAUCCAUCCGAUAAGGUUGAUCCUAGCAAAACAUUGGCUGAUUCUGCAUUGCACAAGCUUGAUAAAACUGUUGAAGUUUUAGAAGACGUGAUAGACCCUAGUUACAUUGGAAAAAGAGAUGAACGUGUUGGUGAUAAGAACGAAGCAGUUCUAGAUGACGUCUUAGGUAGAUUGCGCACACGACAUGCAAAGAAAGCAUAUUGGGACAAAGUAGUUCAAGGAGAAAUCCCCAACACCGAAGUCGAAGUUGUCAACUCCAAAGAGACAGAAAGUAUAUUUGUUGACGAUGAUUAUGUUUCGUGGGAAGUGCCUGCCAAGUUCAAUCCAGAUUUGCAAUAUACCUUCCCUGAUGGAAAAUUGUUUCGGGUAUCCGAUAGUGAUUUUGCUACUUUAUACAACAAUUCUUGGAUAAAUGAUGCGGUGAUGGAUUUUUGCAUCAAGUUUGACAUAGAAGAGGCGAUUUCCGCUGGAGUUGUUGGAAGAAAUGAAAUCCAUGCGUUCAAUUCAUUCUUUUACACGAAAUUGAAUUCAAAAUCUACGUCUAAUGGUGAGCCUCAGUAUUAUCAAAAUAUUAAAAGGUGGGUCCAAAAGUUAGAUUUCAUGACAAUUCCUUAUCUUAUUAUGCCAGUUAACGAGAAUCAUCACUGGUAUUGUUGUAUAAUCCGAGGGCUUCCCAAUUUAUUGAAGGCUGCAUUGAAAAAGAAAACGGUAGAGAUAGACCCUGAACUAACAGAGGAGGAAACUGAAAAUGAAUCUAGUCAGACUGUCACACCUGACAUGCAACAACAAGAUAUGGCAUCUCUGGACACUGUUAAUAAGGAUUCACAGGAAAUAUCACCAGAAUCGUCAGAAACAGAUUCCCAAGAGAAGCCCAAGAAAGAGUGCGCCGAAAUUUUUGUCUUUGAUUCAUUAGGUUUGAGAAGAGAUAAUGUCAAAAAUCCGUUGAAGUCAUUCAUUAUUGACUACUGCAAAGACAAAUACGACGUGGAGAUUCCAAAGGAUCAUAUUCGAGUUAUUGCAGCUAGAGUUCCAAGGCAAAACAACUACAAUGAUUGUGGAAUUCACGUUAUUUACAAUGUCAGUAAAUGGCUAUUCAAUUUAGAAACUUGUGAAUCGCUUUGGAGAAAACAUCAGCAUGCUAUUCAAAGAAGCAUUUUUGUUGCUGAAGAAAGAAACAACAUGAGAAGGUUCUGGAUUGAUAAAUUCAUAGCGCUACACUCACAACAGCAAUCUAUGGUGUCAAUUACAGCUGAAAAGGACUCUUCUGAUAUGAUUCAAGAGUCAGAGGAGAAGAAUUCCAACACUAGAAGUGUCAUAAGUGGCAAGAGUGAUCGUGUGGCUGUUGCAGACGAUGACGAUGACGAUGAUAUAAUUGAAAUUAUCGAAGAAAAGAAAAUCCAACCGAGCCCGUCUUCGAAUGAUGGUGUUGCGAGCAGAACUAGAAACUCUGGUAAUCAAGGUCAACGACAAAAGUUCGAAAACAACUUCUUGAAUGAAACUUAUGGGGGUAAGAAUAUUCCUCGGCAUGUGGUUGAUACCUUGAAUGAGCUUCUCCCACAAAGAACUUUGCAAUUGGAGAUGAAUAUUAGAAAGCACAUACAGAAUUAUAUCAACGAUUCAAAAUGGAUAGUUAGUUCAGAGGAAGAAAAGAAAAAACAGUUUGUGGACCAGUUUUGGGCUUUGAUGAAGGAAUCUGACAAGGAAAAUAGGCCAAAAAAUAAAGCCUUUAAAAUUGAGGAACAGGUCGCAACUGCUGUCUCACAGCUAAGUAUCACUCCAAGUACCUUCUUCACUAAAAAAUCAGAUUCUUGUGGUAAAAAGUUAUUUGAUAAGGAUACCGUAGAUUUUUUAACUGAAAAAUCGACAGCUAAAGAGCAAACUCAGUCUGCCAAGACAGAUGAGGACCAAAUACUCCAGAAAGAACACAAUAAUAAUGCUGAUGAAAUCAUUGAAUGUUUUGAAAUUGAUAAAAUGAAAGCACAAACCUCACCAAAUACAGAAGCUGUAAAAAAUUCUAAAGUUGCAAAAAAUGUUGUUUCAUCAGGAAUCACGCGGGCCAAGGAUCGUGAGAGAGCCGAAGCUUACGUACUGGUUCUUCUGGCACCUGGGCCUCUGUCUCCCAAGCGGAGACGUUUAGAAUAA